AUGACGUACAUCACAGACCCGCUGCCAGCGCUCAGCAGUGGUUGGUUAAGCUCCGUCGCGGAAAGUUUUAGCUACAAAAUGAGCACACCUGACCGCAAUACAGAUGUGGAUGAACAGGCUUCCACAAGUAAGAAGGAAGACAAAGUAGUUGAUAAGAGAGGAAAGACUAAUUCAGUGGUGUGGAAGUGUUUCGGCUUUUUAAGCGAGGAGCAACAGGUCUGCAUCACUACAGAUAGCGGGACCAAUAUCAUCAAAGCCGCUGAGUUGAACGGAUGGACAAGACUACAAUGCUUCGGGCAUCGAUUGAACUCUGCCAUUGCCCUAACUCAAGUACUCUCUGAAUGUCUCUCAUGUCAGGCUGUUAUCAUCCAGCAGAGGAGUCGGGAAAACAAUAGUCCCCAUGACAUUCAUUCACUGGAGUUGGUACUAAUGUCAGACAGCAGCUUCAUCACACCAGACCUGUCAGACUGUGGAUCUCCAGCUGUGCUGGUGUCAGUGUGUCUCAUCACAGCUACAGCACACAACAGACUGAGAGCACAGAGGAGGAGAUGCUCCACAGCAUCAUCAGUGACACCAAAAACAUUCAAGGAUCCUUCUCCAAACACGAGUUCCAAGCAGAGACAAAGAAACUGCUGGAUAUUGUGGCCUGAUCACUGUAUUCUGAGAAAGAGAGAGCUCAUCUCAAACAGCAGUGAUGCGCUGGAGAAACUGCGGCACAAGAUGAUCACAGCAGGAGGAGAUACAGCACCCAUGGAGAUCCACCUGCAGACAGAUGCUGCCACAGGCACCUUCACCAUCCAGGACACAUGAGUUGAGAUGAACAAGGAUGAACUGGUUGCUAAUCUGGGCACCAUCACUCAAUCUGGAUCAAAGGCUUUUCUGGAUGCUCUUCAGAAUCAAGCGGAGGCCAGCAGCUCCAUCAUCGGUCAGUUCGGUGUGGGCUUUUACUCCGCCUUCAUGGUGGCUGAUAAAGUGGACGUUUAUUCUCAGUCAGUAGAACCAGGUGCUUCUGGAUAGAAGUGGUCCUCAGACGGGUGAGAAAAAUUAAAAGAGAGAUGGAUUUAAUAACAGUUUUUGGACAAAAAUAAUUUGACUUUGAUUAUGGCAGAAAUCAUAAUUACAGUUAUUUUGGUC